UGAAAGGCGCAAUGUCUAUCCCAAGGCUGGGUGGGUUGCAAGGCGAACCAAGGUGUGGUCGGCGUGUAUGACGUUAACCGCAACGACGUCACCAGCCAUCCAACCAUCGGCUCUCCUCGACGGAUGUACAUAUUAAAAGCAGCACCACCCCUUGAGAUUAAACCUACCAUUCUAUCAACACAAACAUCCUCAUCACAAGCAAUCUAUCACAUUCCAACUACAGUUCUCUACAAUCCACACCACUACUACCACUCCAACCACCUCACAAUCCACCACUAUCCAAAAUGUCCGAGCAGACCUUCCACACCACCAUUCAGGACCUCCGCAAGCCUGAAUCCCACGCCUCUCACGCUGGAGCUGGCAAAACCCCCAAGAACUCCAACAUCUCCGCCAUGAAGUCCAUCGUGGACGAGAACAACUCCGACAAGCAGGCCCAGAUCGACAAGACCAAGGCCAACCUGCCAUUGCCCGAGCAGCCCCCUCGUGCCAGUGACUGGAACUCUGCCGACCAGAGAACCGUCAACGUGGGUUCGGGCGGUCGCGAAGGACCCGUUUCCGGAGAGAACAACAGUGCCUUGAGAGAACCUGCCACUGCAAGCAGCAGUGUUCGUAUCGAUGGCGAUGAAUAUCACAAGAACACGCAACCUAUGAGUGGCGUUGGUCGCCAGGGCAAGGAUAACCUUGACGGUCUGCCCCGGGAUGCUCUGUAUCGGUAA